UUGUCCUGUUGUAUGGAGAACGGAGCUGUGAGCCGGACGGACAGGAGUCACACACCGGGUCGGAUCCGCAUCACAGGGACUCACUGCACACUGUAGAUCUCAAGGUGGAGCCUGAUCUCAAGGAGACCUGGAAACCUGCUGGUACUGGACUUUAUAGAAUACGGGGUGUUUUAAGUUGAAUAUUUAUUUAACCUGCAGUUUGGGUGUAGCUUGUGGGGCAAGUUUCCUCUGCACUUUGUGACGGGACAAAGGAUAACACCGAUCUGUGUGCUGCGUUCAGUGACGCAUAUUAUUAUAAGAUAGGGCUGGAUUCUCUGUUUAACUCAUGCAUUUUGGAUUUAAUAGACAGAUCUCUGCUGUGUGAGGCUGUUUUGUUGUUAUAUUAGCAUAGUAGGAGUAUAUGUUCACACAAUAGCAGCAGCAGCUUGCUAGUAGCAGGGGAUAGUCAGCAGAGCAUUGAUCGCAGUGCUGAGCUCCCAGCUUUGACCAAUCCGGUUAAAUUUAGUUUACUCAGGAAAAUGAUGCGGAUGCCUAAAGGCGUCUCUCCGGCACCGGCUCGGCCAGUGGCGCUGCCCUGCCCUCAGCAGAAGAUGAAGGUUGUGUGCACCGGAGGAGUGAAGACCGAGUUCUUCAGCACCGGACUGUCCAGCCCGCCGAUGAGCUCGGUACCGGCCGGCUACUUCACCCAGAUCUGCAACACCGCCGCGGCCGAACAAAGAGCCAACAGCCUGUACUCAACCCCCCACGGACCAGAGGCUAAACCCAUCAGAUCAUCCUCCGGGCGACUGCCGGCUAAAAGGAAGCUGGAUCUUGAGGACCCUCUUUACAUGCCAGAGUUCCGAACACCAAAAGGCAAAAGCAGCAUCGCAGCCAGGAUACCAAGUCCAAGGACUCCAAAGUCUCCAGGUGAGCGGACGCGGUACGACACCUCCUUGGGCCUGCUGACCAAGAAAUUUGUGGGUCUGAUUGCGGAGUCUCCUGAUGGGGUUCUUGACCUGAACUGGGCCACUGAGGUUCUGGAGGUCCAGAAGAGACGCAUCUAUGACAUCACAAAUGUCCUGGAGGGAGUCCAGCUCAUCCGAAAGAAGUCCAAGAACAACAUCCAGUGGCUGGUUGGGGAUGUAUUUGAGGGUGGUGCAGCUGGAGGAGAGAAGGCCUGCACCCUGAGGAAAGAGCUCGGAGACCUGGAGAGAGUCGAGAGAUCUCUGGAUGAGCUGAUCCACUCCAGCACGGCACAGCUCAAACAGCUCACCGAAUAUGAAGAUAAUAAGAGGUUGGGCUAUGUGACGUACCAGGACAUCCGCUCCAUCAGCACUCUACGAGACCAAACAGUCAUUGCCGUCAAGGCCCCUGCUGACACCAAACUGGAGGUGCCAGACACGGCAGGGCAGGGGUCGUUGCAGAUCUAUUUAAAGAGUAAGAACGGCCCCAUUGAAGUCUACCUGUGUCCAGAGGAGGGUCUUGAAGAUGCUAGCCCGGUUAAAAGCGCCAUCACGCCUAAAAAGGAGUUCCCUCAACCCCUCGGCCCUCCGUCUGCAACCACGAUGGCGCCACCAAGCUACAACAUCAAAGAGGAGCCUGUUGAAUCCAACUUGUCUACAGCAGCUCCAGCCACCUCCUCAGCUGCAGCCUCCACCUCCACCUCUACUCUGCUGGACGUCGAGGGUCUCCUGGGUUUGCCCCCCAGCCUGCUCCAGAUCACAGAGGACCAGCUUCCUUGCGCCUCGUUCCCCCCAGACCCCAACACCCCCUUUGUCAGUUUCUCUCCACCGUUGGACCAUGACGAUUAUUUGUGGAGCCUGGAGGACGGCGAGGGAGUGUCAGAUUUCUUUGACACAUACGACCUUGGAGAUUUGCUGAAGAGCUGAGGCGUAGGUGAAGGAAAGGGGGGGGGAGGGAAUUAGGGGAAAUAUUUAAUUGAAUACCUUCUGCAGGUAGGAAAUAUUACACUAUGAAGCCAUCAGUCGUUGUUUUUACCAUGCCUGUUUUAUGUCAGUGAUUCCAAAGGAGGAGUGACCCCCCUUUGUUUAUUUUAUAUAAGGAAAAAUCAUUUGUACAUAUUCUUGUAAAAAAAAAAAAAAAAAGACCAGUAGGAAACAUUGUUAAAAAAAAAAAAGCAGGGAUCAUUUUGGAUUUUCUGUCACAUUUUCAGAUUGCGCUACAAAUAUUUCAAAAAAUGUUUUAACUCAUACAAACACAUGAGUUAUUGUGCAUAUCAUCCCCAGCAACAAAAAUAAAAUAAAAAAAAUCAGGCAGUGUUUACAGUGUGACAACUCAGGAAUUGUUUUCCCAAAGUCUUAAUGUUUUGUGCCACUCUUUGGCCCGUAGGGGGCAGCCUUGUAUUAUGUCAGCUUUAACUGCCGUGCAGCUUUACAUGAUUCAAUCACUGGAUGAAAUUAAGCUAAAGCCAUCGAGAGUCUAUCUGCUUUCAACACUGACCAAAUUAAACUGUGAACAAUACGUGUCCUCGUAGAUCCACGAGCGUCUGCGGCUCAAACACAACAGUAUUGGGUGAAAUCUGAUUUGCUUCUGUCUGAUCAGGUUUGCUCUCUCCUGCCUUGAGCUUUAUAUUACGUCAGUCUUUGUACCUGUUUGGUGCUACACUGUGUGCCAAAUGUGACAGGCACCCAAUAGUGGACCCAGAUGCAGAGUUAAUGGCUGAUAAUGGGUACUUUUCAAACACAUACACUCACUCUUGUUGGUUCGGCAGCUUUAUUUCACAUCCAGGUGCUCCUCUAUUGAUUAGAGUUUGCUGAUUUUAAUAGAUUUUUUGAUUUAAUACUGUGAAACUAUUGUAUUUCUGAGGAAAUCACCCAAAAUAAGUGGAAUGCAGCAUCUGUGUCGCAGGUGCGGUGGAAGCGAGGGGUUAAUUGAUGUAAUUAAGGUUUAAUUAGAGUAGCGAUUUGCGUUUCCUCUUGUUCAGAAAUGAAUGAAGUCUGUUGAUUUAUCAGCAACAGAAGCAAAAAGGAAUUCGUGUCCUUCAUGUUUAAAUUUAAAGGCCGUGAAUGCUUUCCCACAUGUGGCCGUGCAGCCCGUUUAAAUGUCAGAGACGAGGUCAGAGCAGCUGUGACUUUUAUCUCUUCAGAUUUUUUUUUCCACUUCAAAGCGUUCUAGACAUUUGGAAAUUUGAAUUUAAUGCUGAUGUUUUUUUUGUUUUUUUGGCUUUCCCUCUACACUGCAGAGAUAAGCUAAGUGUCCUGUCCUAACAAAACUUGAAAAGGCGUGUUUGUGUGUGUAUUUGACAGCUUGGGAAAAUGGGUGUCAUUGUGUGUUUGUGUGUGAGUUUUUACAAGGUAGAUUAGAGGAUUUGAAUUCAGAAUUUGUAGUUGUUGGUUUUUUUUUUUUUCAAUGAGCAUUAUUUUCUGGUAUUUGUACAUAAUGAAUUUUGUAUUUAUGCCUAUUUUUAUGAAUUUUUUUCAAAAGUUGAUACUUGCCUUUUUACACGAGGCACGACUGUUUUUCUAUGACAUACGGCACUUAAUAUUUUUGUAAUAUUGUGUGGUCUGUUUGAAAUUAUAAAUAAAUUCUGAAGCCAUGGUUUAC